AGUCAACAGUGUGAAAGAGGAAGGAAGUGGUUCACUUUAACAGCUUGACUUCUGCCUUCUGAUGAUCACAGAGGAUCGUUUGCUGCAGAGUGAACAUCUCCUCCCUGUUUCAAACAGGGAGAAGAGGAGCAGCCAUGACUAUGAGAGCAGCAGUGACUGGACUGGUUAUCUUUCUUCUCUCUGUGCCAGUGGUCCAGAGUCAGAAUGGCUGGGGAGUGACUUAUUCACAAACUGAAGUCUGUGCCUUUGAAGGAUCAACAGUGGAACUAAGCUGCACCUACACAUAUCCAUAUUCUGACUAUUAUAGAGUUACUGAAUCAUUCUGGUUUACUAAAAUACAGAAUAAUGAACCUGUUGAUGUGAGAACAGACUCACAGUACACAGGACGUGUGACGUACAGUUGUGAAGGGAAACGCUGCACUCUGAGAAUCACUAACGUAGAGAAGAGAGACUCAGCUACAUACAAGCUCAGAUUCAUAAUUAACAGAGAUGGUGGCAGAUUUGUAGGAAACCCUGGAGUCAUUUUGUCUGUUAAAGAUCCGGAUCUUAAGGUGGAGGGAUCUUAUUCAUGGCCCAGCAUAAAACUAAAAUGUCUCAGCCGUUGUCUUUCACCUCAUCAUGUCUCCUAUGUCUGGUACAAGAAUGGACACAAAAUCUCUGCAGAAGAAUCUUCUUAUUCAGACAGUUAUGUUCAUGCAGACAGCUACUCCUGUGCUUUGAAAGGCUAUGAGGAUUUCCCCUCUCCUCUGUACUGUUACUAUGGUUCUUCCUGUAACAAAGUGAAAUACACUCACAGAACCAUCUGCUCCUUCAGAGGCUCAUCAGUGGACAUCUCUUGUUCUUACAGAAGUUAUGAAAGCAUCAGGUCAAAAUUCUGGUUCAGAUCUGAUCAAAGUCAGCAGGGGCAACAUGACCUAUGACCUAAAGACCUCAGAGAAGAUUCCCAGUAUGUAAAUCGUGUUCAGGUCACUGACGGUGAGAGUGGAGACACCACCCUGAGAAUCUCUGAGCUGAGAGAGAGCGAUUCAGCCGUCUAUCGUUUCACAUUUACAGCAGGAAGCUCUGGAUGGGGGACCAGUUUACCUGGUACAACUCUGACUGUAACAGCACAUGAAGAUGAAAACAGCAGCGAGGAAUUCAACAACAAAGAGAGGAUUUGUCUCCUUCCUUCUCUCUUUAACAGUGGUACAGGCUCAGAGUGACUGGAGAGUGACUUCCUCUUCCUCUCAGAUCUGUGCUGUGGAAGGAUCAACAGUGGACAUACCAUGUUCUUACACAUAUCCAUCCAGAAGGAAUGAGCAUGACACCGUAGUUUGGAGAUCUUUCUGGUUUGUGAAAAUGAAUGGAAACGACCCUUUGGAUCUGAGAAACGACCCAGAUUACAGAGGUCGUGUGGAGUAUCGCUUUCAUGAUAACAGCUGCACCCUGAGGAUCACCAACGUCAGACAGAGCGACUCAGCUGAGUACAGAUUCAUGUUGAUGACAAACCAACCAGAGGGAGGAGUUACUGGUUCACCUGGAGUCACUCUGUCAGUCACAGCUCUACAGGUGCAGGUGAGCGGUGGAAAAAGGGACAGGUCUUAUUAUUCUGCAGUGCUGACGUGCCAUGGCAGCUGCAGACCCACUGCUCCUCUUUCUUACAUCUGGUACAAAAACGGAGAGAAAAUGAAGGAGGAAGCAUCUUCUUUCUCAGGAAGCUUUUACUCUGCACACAGCUUUGCCUGUGCUUUAAAAGGAUAUGAGGAUUUCCCCUCACCUUCAGUGUGUGUUUAUGGUCAUUCCUGCUACAGAGUGAUGUACGAUGUCAGAACCAUCUGUGCCCUUAAAGGCUCAUCAGUGGACAUUUCAUGCACCUACUACAGCUAUUGGAGUCCUGAAUCAAAGUUUUGGUUCAGUCCUGAUCGUGAGUGGUACAGAGCAAGAAGACCUCAGUAAAGACCCCCAGUAUGCAGGUCGUGCCCAGAUCUCUGACAGCCGGAGUGGACAGUCCUCUCUGAGAAUCUCUGAGCUGAGAGAGAGCGACUCUGCUCAGUAUCACUUCAAAUUUAAAACAAAAUACAUUGAAUGGGGGAACAGCUUCGCUGGUACAACUCUGACUGUCACAGCUCUCCAGGUGAAGGUGAUCAGUGUAACAGUCCACCAGGAUUAUACUGAGGCAGAGCUGAGGUGUCACAGCAGCUGUAGUCCUGCUGGUGGUAUUUCUUUUGCCUGGUUGAAGAACGGACAGAAAAUCCUGAGUGCUGAAAACUCUUCUCAUAGAGAUCGGCUUUAUCCAGGAGACUUUAUGUCUUGUGCUUCAAAAGGACUUGAAAAUUACGCCUCACCCUCUGUGUAUGCUCUGAAGACUCCCUCUGUGUGGGUGAGUCCUCUGGAUGAAAUAACAGAGGGCAGUUCAGUGACUCUGACCUGUAGCAGUGAUGCUAACCCAGCAGCUAAUUACACCUGGUACAGGAAGAACCAAACCCUGUCCAGUGAGGGAGCACAGCUUGUCUUCAGCUCCAUCCAGUCCUCUGACUCUGCAGAAUAUCAGUGUGCAGCUGAGAACCAGCUGGGGAGGAGAGAAUCUAAACCCGUCUUUAUCCAUGUCCAAUAUGCUCCAGAGCCUCCCUCUGUAUCAGUGAGUCCCUCUGCUGAGAUAGUGGAGGGCAGUUCAGUGACUCUGACCUGUAGCAGUGAUGCUAACCCAGCAGCUAAUUACACCUGGCACAAGGAGAAUGAAGACUCACCUCUAGCUUCAGGGCAGAUCUUCACCAUCUGUAAUGUCAGCGCUGAACACAGUGGGAAUUAUUCCUGUGAGGCCAAGAACACAAGAGGGCGCCAUAACUCCACCUUCACUCUGACUGUUGUGUCAGAGAGCUCAGUAUUCAUACCGAUUAUCUCCAGGAUAACUCUGAGACUCGUGAUGACUCUUCUUCUUCUCCCCUUGAUUCUGUGGAGGAGGAAGAAGGACACUAUGGAGGUUGAACCUGCAGAAGCAAUGGAGUUAAACUCUGAUCCUGCGUACGAGAACAUCUCAGCCGUCACUGCAGCACAGAGAGAAGACAGAGGAGCAGGAAGAUGCUGUAUGAAGUCCUCAGGUUAGAGCCUCCUGCACUGAAUAAACAGAGCCACUGUAGAUUUACAGUCAUCUAUGUCACAUGUUACAACCAUACUAUACCAGUAUUCCAUUCACUUUUCUGUCAUGUUCUUUAAAUGCUGUUGAAUCAGGAGAAAACUUCCUGUGGAGAAGUGGGGACAUUUACCUUCAGCCGCUGUAGGCUGAUAUGAAUUCAUGUGAAAUUGUUACUGAGAGACAAAAAUCAGGCUGAAAACAGAUAUAAAAUAAUGUUAUAAUUACCAACAGUAAAAGAGGAAUGGAGAUGAAACAUCAGCAGAAAGCUGAAUUUGAUGCCUUAGGCCUGUUUGUCAAACUCAAUCACAGCAGGGGCCAAAAUCUGAAUUUAGGUCUAACCCGAGGGCCUAACAGGCCAAGAUUUUACUGAAAACUUUCAACUCUGUUUUGACAGGUAAUGAAUAAUAGGGAAAAUUAAACAGUGAUGAUAAAUGAUUUGAAGAUUUCUUUAAAAAAGUCAAAAUGAUUAAAUACCACAGCAUCAAUGUUACUGUGUGUCCAUGU